ACCGUCCGGUUGUAAAAUCGUAGAUCGAAAACCUCACCAGCUUGACUUCGCAUACGGGUGCGACAGCUAGCUAACCUCCAGGUAUCCCCAUCACCAGCAGCCAUGGGUAUCGACUUGGACCGCCACCAUGUGCGCAGCAGCCACCGCAAGGCGCCGAAGAGCGAGAACGUUUACCUUCAAGUUCUCGUGAAGCUGUACCGCUUCCUCUCCCGCCGCACGGAUUCGAACUUCAACAAGGUUGUGUUGCGUCGACUCUUUAUGUCGAGAAUCAACCGCCCGCCUGUUUCGCUCUCGCGUCUUGCGUCUAACGUGACCGAAUCCCACAAGGGCAAGACUGUCGUCGUCAUCGGCAGCGUCACGGAUGACAACCGCCUUCUUAACGUCCCGAAGCUGUCCGUUGCUGCUCUGCGCUUCACCGCUACUGCCAGAGCCAGAAUCGAGAAGGCUGGAGGUGAGACCAUGACUUUGGACCAGCUGGCUCUCCGUGCGCCUACUGGAGCCAACACGCUUCUCCUUCGUGGCCCGAAGAACUCCCGCGAGGCUGUUAAGCACUUCGGCUUCGGCCCCCAUAGCCACAAGAAACCCUAUGUGAGAAGCAAGGGUCGGAAGUUCGAGAGAGCCCGCGGCCGGAGAAGGUCUCGCGGUUUCAAGGUCUAAGGGAUUGCUCUCUCUCAUUGUGGAUCUUGAUCGCAAAAUCGGCGACGGUCAACUGGAAUAUCGGACAGGGUUAUACCUGUACUUUGUUGACUGGCUCAUUUCUUGGCUAGCUUCGGAAUUUCUAGCCGACGUGGC